UUUGAGCCAUUAAAUGGGCUGAACUUCUUUUGCUCUUUAAAGUAUUCAGUAUUGAUUUGUUACAUUUAUUAAAGAGAAGUGCAAAUGUAAGCGUAUAUUCUCAAACUUAAUACAUCAAGGGCCAUAUCAAAGUUUUCUCUGCAACAUUAAUAGUGGAUACAGCCGUUGUUUGUGGAUGAUAAAGUCCAAAGUCUCAAAAUUGAAAUGAGCAAAAGCUCAGGAAUUACUCAAUCAUUAAAUUCACGAAUGGUGCUAUAAUGGGUGGCUCGGAUGGGCAUCGUGGGGGUGGGGGAUUUUUCUCGCGAAGGAACAAAUGUUUAGUAGUGACUCUUAUUUUCACCAUAGCACUUUUAAUUUUCUUAAUCAACGCUGGAUUGUUCAGCAACGUUGCUACGUAUACAGGAGAACUAUGUCAACUGGAUGAUAUUCCUCUACAGAAAAACUUUGACACUAAAAAGUUUUCUGGCAACUGGUUUGUUAGCAGUACAAAGGGAUUGGAAAAUAAAUUGCUUGCGACAUUAAUGGACUUUUCUGAUGUGAAAGUAAAUUUUGUGUACAAAGAUGAAAACAACUAUGAUAUAAGAUCAGUUGGCGGGAAAAUGUACGGCUGGUGGUGUCCUGUAGGUGAAGGUCACGUACGGAUCAAGGACAACAACUCUCCACAGAAAAUGCAGAUCUUUUUCGAUACUCCAACAGGGAAGAAGUUCGGUACGAAGGAUAUAUGGGUGGUGAAAACGGAUUACACAAGUUACACAAUAUUGUAUUCGUGUUGGGACGUAACAUCAGACGGAAAGUGUGAAGCAAAAGGGGCCUAUAUAGGGGUCAUGCAAAGAAAUAGGGAUCCACUACCUCAGAGCAUUUUGGACGAAAUUAAUACCACCGUUCAAAAGAGUUGUAUCAACGCUGAUUCGUUACGCGUGGUUCGGCACGAGGGAUACUGCAAGAAAGAACACGUGGAAAUAAGUUGAUAUUCUAACCAGUGAGAUAUGUUGAAUAUAUUCUUAAUGUGCCUGUUUUAGCUUAGUUUCAAAUGUAUUAUUGUUAAUUUUAAACCUCCAAGAUCUCCGAACUCAAUACUUAAUACAUGUUAA